CAACUUCGUUGAAAAAUUUUUUUGGAAUAAAUUUUGUAUUGUUUUAUAGUCAACGCAUGAUUUCAACUUGACCUUUUCAUUACACAAAUGUUGUCUAGAAUCUCAAAAAUAAUUGACUAUAUAAAGACACUUAGUUCACAACAAAAUCUUACAAUAAUUUCGAGUCAAUUUAAACUAAUUCUUCUCGACUAUCUAUAUCAUCAAAACAAACCUGACUUUGUAGAUAUGGAAGGAUCAUCUAGAGGGAAGCAACAAGAGGGAGGAGACGAUGUCCGUUACCGGGGUGUACGACGACGUCCAUGGGGUAAGUUCGCGGCGGAAAUUCGUGACCCGACGAAGCAAGGGCAACGAGUGUGGCUAGGGACGUUUGACACGGCUGAGGCAGCGGCCCGAGCCUACGACCAAGCCGCAUUUAAGUUAAGAGGUCAUCUUGCUACGUUGAAUUUUCCAAAUGAGUAUUACUCGAAAUUAGACCCUAUACCUCAUCUUCCAAAUGUACCAAGAUAUUUUGGUACCAAUCGACCGUCGGAUUCGACUAUUUCGGCCGUUAAUAAUGGAUGGAGGGUUGAUAGAGGGGGCGGUUCGUCGAUGGGGAAUACAUCCGUACAGCCUAGGCAAGAGAGGCAAGUGAUUGAGUUUGAGUACUUAGAUAACAAAGUUUUGGAAGAUAUGCUUAGAAGAUCAGAAGAAGAUGAUUAAAAUUAAUGUUGUUUUUAAGGUCUAUUAUUGUACUACUUAUUACAACAAGAAGAAUCUGGUAGAGAUCAAUGCCACUGGCAAAUUCUAGCUAGGUUGAUGUAUGUACUUAUCAAUUAUGUUUUUUUUUUCUUUUUUUUCUUUUUUGUGUUGUUUAUUAUUAUUAUUAUUAAGUACAAGAAAGAAAUUACGUGAAGAGUUUACCA